GCAGCUCAACCGGGACCUGUCCUUCCCCCACCCAACCGCCCUGUUGGUAGCUGAGGGAAUCCUGCCCCCGCGGCGUCUGGCCGGAGAGGGUAGGGGAAGAGGCAAGUAGGAAGGCGGCUUGCUGUAACCCUCGGGUGCGGCAUAGCGGGAGGCGUUUACCAUUCUGAGGAGCAUCCAUUUGAAAGCCCCAGUAACUGAAACCUAUUGGAGGUUAGUUCGCCACUGGAGCCUACCAAAGGUCCUUUCUUUUAUCCACCCCUCUACCUCUGUGCAGCCUCACUUAACCUCACACCUCAGGUGAGGGGGAAAUCAGAGAAGGACCAGCAGCUUGCCGGUGCUGGUAGCCUCAUUGCCAGUUUCUUCAUCCAUUUUAAGGCUACAGAUAAUCUGACACUACUCAGAAUAUCUAAGCCUUAAACAUUAACCAUCAGAAGACUUUCUCUAUUUAUUCAUUCUGAGACGUGGCACAACCAUGUCAUUUUUUCCGAUGAUAUCCUGCUGUGACAUCGUCUCCUAUUGAAGUUCAUCUGUGGGUAGAAGAGUUGAUUAUAGUUUUCGUGUAUAUGGAGGAAAAUUUGAAAGAGCAGAAAUAAAUGACGAGAAGCUACUUAACAUCACCCAGCAAAAACUUAAUAAACUUGGCAUAAUCCGAACUGCCCACCAGGAUAUCAUAUUAAAAGCAGUCACUAAUAUCUAUAAAAAAGACAAAGUUGAAGAGCAAGCUAUGCAAGGAGAAGAUCAGAAUGACAAAAAGAUGCCUACCAGAUUCAGAAAACAAAGUGAACAUCUUGAGCAUGCUAUUGACCGUGUUCUUGUCAUGAUAUCGGAAAGAAGAAGGGCACGUACUCUACAUGGCACUUAUGAACAACCAUCUGAUAACAUUCGUACUGCUGCUGUUGAAGUGAUUAAUACGGUCAAGAUGAUACUAAACAUUCUGGAAAGCCCUCCAUUUGAUUGCAUGUCAGAAUUUUCCAGUCUGAAAAACCACCUCAUUAAACAUAUUACAUUACUGAAACAUUUCUCUGAACAGUCUGAUCUCAGCCAUGAAAUGGAAUCUGAUAUGAUAGAUGUGUGCAAGGGUGUGGCUAAAAUCUAUCAUUACAUAAUUGCUCUGCCACCUGAUCUUACAGAACUGGAAACACAAAUUUCAGAAGUUAUUACCCCUGAAGAGAAGCCACGUGAUGUGAAAGUGCCAAUUGCCAUUGACCCUGAAGCAGUGAGUUUCUCAAUGGAACAUGGACCUGACUAUGUUUCUCCAACUCAGCAUCUAUCAAUGCCAAUAACUGCAACUAAUUCACCCAUUGAACAUAUAUUUCCCCUUCAAGAUGUGUCCCUUCCAAAUGAAGCAGUACCUAAUAGAUUUGAAUAUUUUUCUCUAGAAAAGCUCUGCACUCAAAGUAAUGAAGGAGCAGUUGUCAUGCCACAUGAUGAAGGAAGCUCAUCUGAAACAGAAGUUUCUGAUACAAAAGUUUCUGACAGUUCAACCAGUUAUUUUGACUAUAAAAAUCUCCAAGACCUAUCGAUAAUUGAAAGUGAUGCCCCUCUGCUGACUUCUGGCUCUGGAAGCUGUGUGAUUGAUUCUGACUCUGACAGAGGCAUUGGUAUGGACUCUGACUUAGAACAGCACUCAAAAGACUCAGACUCAGUAACAUGGGGAAUGGACUCAGAUUCAGAAAAAUGUCCCAUGGACCCAGACUCUCAGAAACACCUGCUGGAAGCAGAAAAAUUCCAGAUGGCAUCAAACCUAGAGCAACACCUAGUUGGAGUUGAACAAUGCCAGCUGGAAUUUGACUCUCUGAAACACCAUAUGGACCCAGAUUCAGAAAAAAGCCUGGCAGACUCUGAUUCUGAAAAAUAUGUGAUGGCUUCUGACAAUGAAAGACCCAGGAUAGACUCAGACUCAAAAAAAUACCCCAUGGCUUCUGCAUCUGUGAAACACCUGCUGAAGGCAGAAAAAUGCCAAAUGGCCUCAGAUUCUAUAAAACGCUUCAUGGAGUCUGAAAAAAAAAUAAUGGAGACUGAACAACACUGGCUAAUCUCUGCAUCUGAGAGAUACGUGAUGGACUCAUACAUGGAAAGGGAUGCAAUAGACUCAGACUCUGCAUCUGAGAUAUAUCUGAUGGGGGAAGGAAAACACCAGAAGAUUAGAUCUGAGAGACAUAUAAUGGACUCUGACUUUGAACCAUGUAGGAUGGACUCAGACUCAAAAAGGUAUGAGCUAGCCUCAGCCUCUGUGAAAUGCCUCAUGAAUGCUAACACAGUACAGUUGAACACUGAAACUGAGAGGCAUUAUGUCGAUUCUUGGUCUGUAAGACACACAAUGGACUUGGAUUCUGAAAGCCUGGAUAUGAGCUCUGAUUUAGUGAAUCCCAUAAUUAAGGCUGAAAAUUGCCAAAGAGCCUCUGACUUGGAAAGAUUCUGGAUGGGCCUCGGGUAUGAAUCUGAAAGAUACGUGACUGGCUCUGAAAGACAACAGUUGAACUUUGACUGUAGUAGAUGCUGGCACAGCUCUAGAAAAUACCAACACAGAUCUUCAAGACUUCAGGGUAGCUCUGGAAGAUGUCAAAAAGGCCUUCAAAAACACUGGGGUAAGUUUGAAAGACAUCAAAUAGACUCUGAUUCUGAAAAACAUGGAACAGAUUUUGAAAAUGAAAGAUAUCAAAAUGAAUUUGAAAGUGAAAGACAUAUACACAUGAUGGAGAUGGAACAGUCUCUGUUGCACUCUGAAAAUGAGAGACUUCAAAUGGAUGAAGAAAGGGAGAAAUACCUCAUAAAGUCUGAUGGUGAAAAAGAGCACAAGAUCGUACCUGACAAUGAAAGACAUGACCUUGACUCAGAAGGUGAAGCACAACGGCUUGGUGCUCGCAGAAAAGCUAACCGUCCUCAGGGUUUUUGGAGGCCUAUUUUUCUAUCACCUCCACAUAGCCAAAGAAAGGAAACUGAAGAACGACACUCUGUGCAACAAAUUGAUAACAAAGCAGUGUCCAGAAUUCAGCUUGUAAGAUACCCAAGUGAUGACAAGACUGUAAGAUUCAAAGAGAUGUCACCAACUCUGAGUGAUAAGCAAGACUCACAGCAAAAGUUAAUGGGAAAGCACAGCCACAACAUUUUUUCAAACCCAAAUACUUUCAUGGAUAAGAAGCAUCACAGAAAUGCCAGCCACAAAAUUUCUGUCUGUAAGAGUUGUUACACAGACUAUAGAUACCAACAGAGAUUUCAGAGUUCCAGGUGUCAAAUUAGUCCUAUUCAUUUCCUAAAUCCUCAGGGUUAUACCUCUGAAUUUUUGGUGCCUGUCUACCACCCUACUUCCAUGAGCCCUUGGUUUGCUGUAUGCCCCAAGACUCACAGAAAUAACACAUACACUUUAGACACUGGAGCUCUUAUAUGUUCUAAAUGUUUUGUACAAAUCAAUAAUUUUUCUUUUCAUAAGUGUCUCAUUAAUUCUGAUGAUGAUUCAGACUCUGACUGUCCUUUACAUCUCCAAGUUCCCUUGGAUUCUAAACAUUCUCUGAGUUCCAGAUCUAGUAGGCACCACAAGACUUCUCGGAACAGCCCUUUAUCUCGAUCCUUGGAUCCUGAGCAACCUGUGGGCAUCCGCUGCCCUUUCCACUGGGAGGAUUAUAAAUAUUCUUUGGGCUCAACUUCUUUUUUACACUCUGAAAGUUGCUCAGCUCUCCAAAAUCUCAUGGGCUCUACUGUUACUCAUACCUUUCCAAUGAAUCCUCAAAAUAAUAUUAGCCACCAUAGAACCCCUGGCCCAGGCAAUGUCAUCCACACCAGCAGCGUUGCUGGCCUUGAGAGCGAUGGUAAGUUUAAAUUUACUGCCAAAUUUGAAAAUGAGGCCAAUCCUGAUGAGACUAAACUGGUCAAUACUGGCAAUCUCAAAGAUAAGGCCAAAGACAAGCCUCUUUUUAAAGAUGACGCAAACCAUGAAGAUGAGACAGAUUCUGAAGAUGAGAAAGAGCCUGAAGAUGAAACAGACCCUGAAGAUGAAAGCAAUACCAAAGACAGGAAAGAUCCCAAAGAUAAGUCUGACCCUGAUAACACUGAUCCAAAAGAUAGUAAUGCUGAAAAUGAUGCAGACACAAGCAAUGAGCCUGAUCCCAGUGGUGAUGCUGACUCUACCAGUGGAGCUGAUUCUACCAGUGAUGGUGACUCUAACAGUGGAACUGAAUCCAACAGUGAACCUGACUCUAACAUUGGUAAUGCCACUAACAAUGAUGCUAACUCCAAAUGUAACACUGAUUUUGAGGAAAACAAACACGCCAACAAUUCAAAAAAUGUCUUUGUCCUAGAUAUUGAUGUUUAUCAGGAGUGUACUGCUGACUCCAAUAAUGACUCUAAUCCCAACUACACCUCUGGAUUCCAAAAUGGAGCUGGCCCAGACUGCACUUCUGGUUCCUGCAAGGGUGCUGGCUUCAGCAUUGGUUCCAGCAGUAUCAUUGGCCUCAACAAUGAACUUGGCCCCAACAAUGCACCAAGCCCUAACAUUAAUGAAUCUGGCCUCCAGAACAAUGGCUCUGGACCCCAAAAUAUAAGACUGCAUCCCUUCAGUCCUGGAUUCAGCAGCAGUGUCUCUGGCCCCAACAUUAAUGGCCUUAGACCCAAUAAUAUCCCUGUCCUAAACAACAAUAACCCUGGCCUCAACAAUAAUAGCCCUGGUCCCAAUAAUAAUAGCUCUGGCCUUGAAAAACACCCUGAUUCUAGCUAUAAUGCCAGGCUUAGUAAUGCUACUAGUUACAAUAUUGCUUUUAGUCCUAACAAGGAUGCUAACUCCAUCUAUGAAACAAAAUCCAUCAGUGCUGCUGGCCACAACUAUGUAACUAGUUCAAACCUUGAAUAUGUCCCAGGAUUUACCCAUGCAGUAGGUGCUAAUUUUGUAGAUAACCCCAACUAUAUUGCCAGAAAUAGCUAUGCUGCCAGUCCCAGCUCUACUUCUAGCACUGUCAAUGUCACUGACACCAGUUACACCACUAUUUUCACUAGUGCUAUUAGCCCUACUUAUACCAACUGUGCCUCAGACACUAACCAUGAGCCCGGAUUUACUCAUAUCAUUGGCUCCAAAUUUGUCAUCAACCCCAAUUAUCAUAUCCUAUAUACUUAUCAUAAUUCUAGUACCAGCAAUGCUAGUAAUCUCUCUGAGACCAAAUUGGAAAUCAAUCCCAGUUCCUCUAUUCCUAAUAUUGUUUAUAGUAACUCCUCAGUUUUUGUUGCUGGCACUAACUAUAUUUCUACUCCUGAAAAGUUGACCACCUCUAAAUUUUCUAAUCCAUCUAAGCUUGAUAGGAGUUAUACAAUUUUUGAUGACUACAAAUUUGGUGCCUGUUUCAAAGAUUAUCCUGGCCCCAUGGAUUCUGUUAGUUUUAAGCAUACUACUGAGUUCAAGGAUGUCCUUGAUGCCAAGGAAUCUGGCUUUUUAAAAGAUUUCUCUGAGGUCCAGAAUCCCAUUGUUAUCAAGGAAAUUGCCAGCUUAAACUUUCACUCCAAUUCAAAUAUUCCACUCCCUAGUUUUGAUAUUAUAGUAGAAGCUGAACCACCAGAUGUUGUGAAGUUUGUCAUGAUAUCAGGUGCUGUGAAUCAGUUUUUUAAGUGGAAGACAUGUUUUCUGGGGAUUUGCAGUCUAAGAUACAGCCAAAUCAUCUCCUACCCAAAGAUACUGGCAACUUAAUCAAGCUCAACCUCCAGACAGGUAGCAGAGAAAACCUCCGCCCUUGAUUAAUGAAAAGAAUACGUUGAGAUGGAAAAGACAAAGACACAGCAAAGAAGGUUUUGAGGAUAUGAGCAAAUAACUUCAAAAAUUGCAGAGUUCCAUGGGCAGUAUUUAUUAUAUGUUCUUUCUCACAUCCUCCUUCCCAUUACAUUACCAUGUCUUUAUUGUCCUUUGGGGCCAACAAUGUUGCCUUAACAUAUAUUGUGACAAUUGCCCCAUUCAUCUUCUUUGCUUCUGGCAGACUCUAGAAUUAGGAAAUGGUCCUUUCUAGCAAUCCUAUACAAAUAUAUUGUUAAUGACUCAAAAGUGCAGUUAGAUUUUUCAGCCAGAAAUUCUUUCCAUCUUUUGUGUAAGUUUCCUUCUCCAGAAGAUGAUCUUAACUUUUGACAAAUCUUGCGAUAGAUGCUUUUAAUAUUGUAAUGACCACUCUAGGUUUUAUACCACCCACAAUCAAUCAAUAUUUUAUUGUUACUGUUGUUUAUUAUUGUUAUAGUUUUAUGAGUGUGGUAAACAAAAUUAAAAUAGUUGA